CGCCGCGCAGUUUCAACAUCAGCUAAGCAUACAUAUGUGGAAAUCUGAUAUUCUCACCAAAUUAGCUAAUUUUUAGCCGCGUUCCAUGCUUAUCUCUAGACCUUUGUGUAUUAAAUCCUAUCUCGAGCUGUUCUCUUUAUACACAAGUGUGUUUUGCCUGUGCCUUCCUGCCUGUUUCAGGGAGAAGCUUUAUGUAGGUCAGGCUUGGCUUAAGCAGAUUUCCUGAACCUGCGUCAGCUUAAGCUGGAGGAAUUUUAAUAAACCCUCCCCUGUAGGCGUGGGCCUAAACGAGGCUAGCCUAGUUAAGCCUGAUCUUUUUCCGUUUGUGAAAAGAGCUGAGCAGAGCUGAAGGCUGCAUGGUGGUUUCAGAAACUGCCUCCUUAAUCUGAGACCAGAACAAUGGUAGGAAAGGCCAGAUCUUCCAAUUUUACCUUAUCUGAAAAGCUUGAUCUGCUAAAGCUGGUGAAGCCAUAUGUGAAAAUUCUCGAAGAACACACUAACAAGCAUUCAGUGAUAGUGGAAAAGAAUAGAUGUUGGGAUAUCAUAGCGGUUAACUAUAAUGCAAUUGGCGUAGACCGCCCUCCUCGAACAGCGCAGGGCCUACGCACCCUUUACAAAAGGCUCAAAGAAUAUGCCAAACAGGAGCUUUUGCAGCACAAAGACACCCAGUCAGACUUAAAAGGCAGUAUUUCUGAGCCAACCAAGAAAGUUAUGGAGAUGAUCCCCCAGAUUUCCAGUUUUUGCCUGGUAAGAGACAGGAACCACACACAAAGUGCAAACUUGGCUGAGGCGGCUCAGGCUGGUACCAGUUCACUACAGGUAAUGUUGGAUCAGCAUCCAGUUGCUAUAACAGUGGAGGUGAAGCAAGAAGAAGACAUUAAGCCCUCUCCUCCACUGGUUUUAAAUUUGGGACAGAGUUAUACUUUAGAGCAAAGAGAAGAACAUGAAUUAGUACAUACUAUGGAAAGAUCUGUGUCGCCGUCACUUUCCUCUGUUGAUAUGAGAAUGACAUCGUCUCCAUCUUCCAUCCCGAGGAGAGAUGAUUUUUUUCAUCAUGAGUGUGGAGGACACCUUAGGUCACGAUUCGGGUAUGAUCCUCAGAUUCUGCAAAUGCUGAAAGAGGAGCAUCAGAUAAUUUUAGAAAAUCAAAAAAAUUUUGGAUUGUAUGUACAGGAGAAGAGGGAUGGAUUGAAAAGAAGACAGCAGCUAGAAGAAGAGCUGCUACAAGCAAAAAUUGAAGUGGAGAAGCUGAAAGCAAUUCGCUUACGGCAUGAUCUGCCUGAAUAUAAUAGUUUCUAAAUUUUUUUUUCAGUUUCACAAUAUGAUCAUUUGAAUUUUGGCCAAAUUACUUUCUCUUAGGGUUGUCUUAAAGCAGAAUAUGGAUUCUUAUAAUGUAUCGCUAAUCUCUAUUAUGAAAAAAAAAAACCAACCUUUUGUGACAUUUUGAAAACUAUUU